AAGCCCGACGAUCGCGUUUAGUGCGUCGCGGUUGGUCUACGAGGCAGCAGCAACAGCAGCAGCAGCAGCGGCUCCUCCAUAGAGCUCCACUUAUAGCUUUCGGUAUCCCCGGGCAACAACAACAAGUUUCGGUGGCUGCGUGACAAAGACGUUGCGAAUCUCCGUCCGAGUGUUUUUGCUGUGUAAAGUCGAGUGAAUUAACACGGGAGAAAGAUGUCGGGCUUACGCAAAACCUCCUUUACCCUAAUGCGGCGCUCCACUUACUCGGGCUCUGCCACCGCAACGAUGCUGCCGCAUGCGGGCCCUGGGCCGGGCACGGGCGUGGACGGGGCUGCGCCACCCAGCGGCGUGGGGGUGGCAACGGAAAUUGAAAAAUCCAUUGCAAGGCAGCGCCUGCGACAGGGGCAGUCGGAGACGGCGAAGAAAUUAAAUGUCAGUCACUUGGCCGCCACUGCAGUGCCAGCGACAGAAACAGCGACAGCCACAGCAACCAGAACCGCCUCCCCGACAGCCGGAGUGCGCCCCUACUCUGAGGUGCCCGGUCCAUAUCCCUUGCCCCUGAUUGGAAACUCCUGGCGCUUCGCUCCUCUCAUUGGAACUUACAAGAUUAGCGAACUGGACAAGGUUAUGAAUGAGCUGCACGUCAACUACGGCAAAAUGGCCAAGGUGGGUGGCCUGAUUGGUCAUCCGGACCUGCUGUUCGUCUUCGACGGCGACGAGAUACGCAACAUAUUCAAGAAGGAGGAGGCCAUGCCCCACCGACCCUCGAUGCCCUCGCUGCGCCACUACAAGGGCGACCUGCGACGCGAUUUCUUUGGCGAUGUGGCCGGCCUAAUUGGCGUGCACGGACCCAAGUGGGAGGCCUUCAGGCAGGAGGUGCAGCACAUCCUGCUGCAGCCGCAAACGGCCAAGAAGUACAUUCCGCCGCUGAACGACAUCGCCAGCGAAUUUAUGGGCCGCAUUGAGGCGAUGCGCGACGAGAAGGACGAGUUGCCAGCCAAUUUCCUGCACGAGCUCUACAAAUGGGCCCUGGAAUCUGUGGGACGCGUCUCGCUGGACACGCGCCUGGGCUGCCUCUCGCCGGAGGGCAGCGAGGAGGCCCAACAGAUCAUCGACGCCAUCAACACGUUCUUCUGGGCGGUGCCGGAGCUGGAGCUGCGUAUGCCGCUGUGGCGCAUCUACCCCACGAAGGCCUACCGCAGCUUUGUCCGGGCUCUCGAUCAGUUCACAGCAAUCUGCAUGAAGAACAUCGGCCAGACAAUGGACAAGGCCGAGGCAGAUGAGGCCAGGGCCCUGCCCAAGUCCGAGGCGGACAUUUCGAUUGUGGAGAGGAUUGUGCGGAAGACGGGCAACCGCAAGCUGGCCGCCAUCCUGGCUCUGGAUCUGUUCCUGGUGGGCGUCGACACGACAUCGGUGGCCGCCUCCUCGACCAUCUACCAGCUGGCCAAGAACCCCGACAAGCAGAGGCGCCUCUUCGAGGAGCUGCAGAGGGUGUUCCCCCAUCGCGAGGCCGAGAUCAACCAGAACGUUCUCGAGCAGAUGCCCUAUCUGCGGGCCUGCGUGAAGGAGACGCUGCGCAUGCGUCCCGUGGUGAUUGCGAAUGGUCGCAGCCUGCAGUCGGACGCGGUCAUCAACGGCUAUCACGUGCCCAAGGGCACGCACGUCAUCUUCCCACAUCUGGUGGUGUCCAACGAUCCCGCAUAUUUCCCAGAGCCCAAGCGCUUCCUGCCCGAGCGUUGGCUCAAACAAACAGCUGCCGUGGCAGUUGGAUGCCCCCACGCCAGCCACAAGAUUCAUCCGUUUGUCAGCCUGCCCUUCGGCUUUGGUCGCCGCAUGUGCGUGGGCCGUCGCUUCGCUGAAAUUGAAUUGCACACGCUGCUGGCGAAGAUCUUCCGCAAAUACAAGGUCUCGUACAGUUCCGGGGAGUUUGUGUAUCGCGUCAAUUCCACGUACAUACCGCAGUCGCCGCUGAAUUUCAAGCUAACUAUGCGGGAGGACUAAGCGUCGGACACGGCACGGAUGUCCCAGAGAAAAGCAAGAGCGGAGGAGCGAAGGAGCGAACGAGCGAGAGGGUGUGUGUGUCACACGGCGGAUGUGUGAUAUUUAUAGUCGAAGCGUUGCAGCCGCUGCUCCGACGUUUUGUUUAAUUAAGCAAAUGUACAUAGACCAAGCACUCCCAACCUUUGAGCACACCGACAUAGCCGCAUAAAUCGUGUAAAUAUAAGUAUAAGUAGAAUUACGAGUACGUACAAUAUAACCCCACUAUAACCCGGUCUAAUAUUAAAACAGCACCAUGUAUUUUCGA